GAUGGUGGUCGACAAUGCGGGUGGACCGAAUCCAAGCACUCGUGAACAACAACAACAGCAACCACCGUCGCCGCCUGCGCCCGCAGCUACCACCACGUUCUAUCCAUUUAGUGCGCUAGGGGUGCACACGGGACCACCGCCGGCCCCACCACCCACCACAGCCACGUCCGCCUCUGUAACGAAAUCGGAACAGAUGCAGGCCGAGCCGGCCCCGUUGCUCUCCUCGCAAUACGAGCCGCUCUCGGAUGAGGAUUGAUAGUCCUCUAUAACCGCUCAGCGCUGUAACUGUUUUUACGCUAAACUGGCAUACUCUAGCGCGACGAUGCACGGCUAUUAUGGAUGCAGAAAGAUGCUGUGGCAUACGUCUUUUUAAGAUACUCGCAGAUGAUCAUCGAUUUUGAAACAAUGGAAAAUUGAUUAUAUUGGACGAUUUAUCGACGCUUUACGGGCAAUCAGAAGCCACACUGCGUUCUUGUCGGUCGCCAAAUCCUAAUCUAAUUUAAGAGACUUCUUCUUUUUAUAUAUACGCAUAUAUAUGUAUGUAUGUAUAUAUAUAUGUAUAUGCAUAUGUAGAUAUAUAUAAAUAUGAGAAUUUGCGAUCUCCGACGAGGUAAGUGGAGAAAAGUAUGAUGUUUUAAACAAAAUCCCACACACCUAUAGUUGUUUUACAAACUCUUUGUAAUUUCAUUGUAUUUUUAGUCAAAGAUCAUUCCCGCGUUCAUGCAAAGAGAGGUAAAUUAACGAAACAAAUAUUCGAUUUUAUUUGCCUUCUCGCAGUGUUGCGCUGGUUUUCAGUUACAUACAUAGUGACGAAUAGUUUUAUCUAAUAAUUAGUUAUUUACGAUGUAUAAUUUAUAAUGCCGAUAUGGACAUUAAAGCUAUCUGUAUAAAUAUAUGUAUAUGUACACGUUUCAACGUGAAAACCGAUUACAUUUGACCGCCGUGAUUUUGAUGGGAUCCUUUUUUAAAUCUCGCGAGUUAAUUGUAUAGGUGCGGAUUUUAGUUUAGCGAAAAUUUUAUGAAUGCGAUAGUUCUAAAAGGAAAUCGUUACAUAAUCGUUAAAUAACAUGUAUUCGCCUAUACAUAUACAUAUUUUUCACUUUUUAGGUUUUUCGAUACUCGCAAAUGUAUGUGUACGUUAGCGCUCAUAUUUCAUUUCGCAAAGAAAAUAAGUCCGGGAUAUCGACACUCGAUAUAUAUAUCCAUUCUAUUUCGUAUGUGCUAAUAUACCGAGUGCUCGAAGCUCGAUCGCUUACGUCGUUCGAUCAAGGUGAAUUAUUAUUAUUUUUUAUGUUGACUUGGGCUUGAUCAGUCCGCAAAAAGACGUCGGUAUACGCGCAAGCAUUCGAUCUGUGAAACAUCUAGGUCUAUAUAUGUAUAUCCCAUGUUCACAAUACAGACGCUUCUUUUGUACAUAAAUGAAAAAAAAAUAUAUGUAAUCGCGUUAAGCGGUAAUAAUAUACAACGCUAAUGAGGG